UCGUUUCUCUGUUUCUGUCUUCAACCAUGCCUACGCCCUCGCUCGACGCCAAUUUUGUAUUCCCUCGCUCAACACGCUCAGUUCUCCCUAUACGAACAACAAACGCCAAUGGUAAAUGGACCGUCUCUCCUGAAUUCGGCGACGCUCUGCUCCAUGCGAUGCGCGAGCGACCAUCUGCGCGUAUUCCGUCCAUUGUCGAGCUGCCACCGCCAAAGAGGCCUCAAUUAGUGGUACCGUCACCGGACGCUCGUAGAUUGACGAUGAAGACGCGAAUCGCCGUUCGAGAUAAGACUCCGCAUCGCUUCGAGGUCGUUCCGUUGCGCGAUGUGCACAGGAGAGCGCCGUCUCCAAUGUUCAAAGAGAUCACACCUUUGGCCAAUGCGCGAGUAAAGUUGAGAUCUGCCAAUGCUGAGGCGACAGCGAGGAACAUGAGAGCUGGGAGAGGAGGCAGGCAGAUGCAGCCCAAUCGUGGUCGUUUUUACAACGAAAACUCGAAACCGCCGCCGCCAGCAAAUCGCCAAGCUCGUCUUCCUAGUAAAAAUAGUAUCAAACCUGCAUACCCCCAGCCUACCGCCUUGCACACGAAAUCAGCCAGCCUAUCCAGCUUGCAUCCCACCAGCUCGCCGAGUCGACACUCUGUCGGGAGGUCUGAGGACAUUCAGCGCCGAAGCCAGAUACCCUACAGCCUGAAACGACGUGCCAUCUACACCCAGACACUCUUUAUUCCUAAGCUUGCCGCUACAAUUGAAGAAGUAUCGCCGUCGACAUCCAUUUCGGCCGACAGUCUCUCUGCUCUGGAGGGCACCACGCUCGUCGACGAUGAACCAAAGACGUACAAGUCCAAUUCGCUCGCCGCCUCGUUCUUUUCUAUGCCGUCCGAGUACUCGCAGGAUUCGUUUCAGGUUGUAAAGGCGGUCCCGAAACACCAUCCGAUUGUCACUGAGCUGAUGGUGGCGAUUGACUUGGCGAUUAGUGAGUGGGAGAAUGUUGUAGGAUAGCGCCCCACAGGAGCCUUGAGCUUGAGGUCCAGGCAAUGCCAAUACCACUACUAGACAUGUUGGAAAACUUCAUGCCGGCUGUCUGCUGAAACGUUGAGCGCCAGGAGCUGUCGGAGGCCGAGUGUAAAAUGAGAUGACUGUGAUAGUAAAUGUGUGCGUGAAUGUCGCCGCUGCAAUCACUGUUAUCGCUGCGGUCGUCGUCGUUCGCGGUCGUCGUCACCAUUGUCGUUGUCCCCGCUGCCAUCCAGGUAGUAUUGUCGUGAUAAUCGAGCAACGUCAGCCGCGAACGGUCAAUGCACCGAGUCAGGCACUGAAAUUGAAAUUUCCUGAGCGGAGUGAAAAACGGGUUGACAGGCAUGGCAACGGCAACGGAUACAGCAGAACCCUUCCUUUUCC